AUGUCUAGUGCAGACUAUGUCGCCAAAUACCACCGGCGACGGGCACUCAAGGAGCAGGUCGAGACAUACUGGAUUGACGAGCCAAAGCGACCCGCUGGGACACUUGAUUCAUCUCUCAAGAAGCACACGACCCUCCUGAACCGGCUCAAGACCUCGUUGAUGAUAGGACCUCCAGAGGCUCUGAUCAAGGAAAUCGAUGCGUUAACCCUGACCAAAUACCUCGAAGAGAUAGUUGCGGCGGUAGUGGAAGGAGCCAGCAGGGGAAAGGGGGAUCCAGAGGCUGCUGUGGAUAUCAUUGUUCACUUGCACACUCGCCUUACGCCAGACUUCCUGCCCAUGUUGCUCACGUCGCUGCUGGCUACACUAUCACCUACCGCCGCCAUUGCCGCCGACAAGGACCGAGAGAAGGAGGAUAAAGAGAGGAUCGCAAAGCAGAGACCCGUGCUGAGGAUCAUUGCGGAGCUUGCCAUGGCCUCUGCUUGGACAACGCCAGUUAAAGGCGUUGCAGAAGUAGUCAAGGUGCUGAAAGGCUUGAUGGCGAAUGAUCUGCAGUUCACAAAUCUCCCUCUGCUGGCGGCUUUCCUCAAGCACUUUAGCAGGGCAUACCUUGGUGCUACCGAUUCAAGUCUCCCUGAAAGUAUCGACGAUCUCGUACCCAUAGAAGCACAGCCCAAGAUUCGUGAAAUGUUCGUUGGGUAUUUCAACCAGGCCAGUAAGACACUCGUCAAGGGCCAAGUCAAGCUCCUCGAACAGGACAAGCGUAAUCACGAGGCGUAUAUCAAAUCUGGAGAAAUCUUCGAAGACCGGCAACAAGCCUACGAGCGAAUGACUAAAGCCGUGGAGAGGCUCACGACUGGCGUGCAGUCCCUCGCAGAUCUUCUCGGCCUGGAGCCUCCGACACUUCCCACGGCUGCUUCUUUGAGCCAUACGGGCCUUCAGAUCGUUGAGUCGCAAUCGACUUUCAACGUACGAGAUGACGGACCAGUGCCAGGAGGAAUUUGGGAUGAUGAGGAGGAGAAGAGGUUCUAUGAAGACUUGGUAGUUCUCAGGGAUGUGGUUCCUGCUGGUCUUUUAGGAAUCAAGGAGACAAAGCCUGAGCCGACGGUCGAGCAACAAGAAGCAGAUGAGGCCGAUGUCAAAAGACAGCUGGAGCAAUUGACCUUGGACAAUGCGAACGGCUCGUCAGAGAUGGCAAAAGAGACCUCACGUUCGCCUGUAGCGUCACCAGUCCCGGAACCAGCGCAGAUGGCGGAUGAUGAUGUACCUGAAGAGACCAUCGUCGAGGACGAUCUGCAGUCUGGUCCAGCCGCUCGCCUCUCAGUCAUUCUCGCCUCUUUGCCAGAUGCUGUCAGUCGGGACAUGGUUGACCGACUCGUGGUGGAAUUUGCCAGCCUGAAUUCGAAGGCAGCCAGGAAGAGACUCAUCAAGUUCUUUGGCGAAGUUCCCAAGACUCGAACGGAUCUUCUGCCUCAUUAUGCUCGUUUUAUCGCCACGCUGGAUCCGUAUAUGCCCGAUGUGGGCGCUGGAGUCUUAGAGACCCUUGACGAGGAAAUGCGGUAUCUGCAACGCAAGCGGCAUGUCAGAGAGCUUGACUCUUUGCGGCUCAAAAACGUUCGAUUUUAUGGCGAAUUGGCCAAAUUCAAAGUCGCCAGACCAUACACGAUACUUCACGUCUUCAAGGUCUUCCUCGAUGACAUGAAGAACAACGUCGAAAACAUGGCUAAUUUGCUGGAGACCUGCGGUCGAUUUCUCUUACGAAACGAAGCUACCGCGGCCACAUCGAAAAGUAUGGUGGAACUGAUGCGAAGAAAACAAAGUGCGAUGCAUCUUGACCAGCGCCAGAAUGUAAUGCUUGAGAAUGCUUUCUACAUGUGUAAUCCACCAGAGCGCGUCGCUCGAGAAGUCGUCCAGUUGCCCCCCAUGCAAUCCUUCAUCCAGCAUCUGCUACACGAUGUUUUGAUGAAACGUACGCUGGACAAGGUGCUCAAGUUGGUCCGGAAAUUGCAUUGGGAUGAUCCAAAGAUAUACAACUUUAUACUCUCCUCGUUCACGGAGAUCUGGGAGGUGAAUUACGGCAAUAUCCCCCAUGUCGCGGCGCUCGUCUACGAUCUACAACGAUAUCACCCGGACUUCAGCUCAGCUGUGGUGGAUCAAGUCAUGGAGGACAUACGGUCUGGGAUGGAGGACAAUGUCUUUAAAUACAAUCAACGCCGGAUUUCCACGGUCCGAUACCUUGGCGAGCUCUACAUGUACCGUGUGAUCAAUGCUGCUGUCAUUUUUGACACACUAUGGUCCCUCAUCUCCUUUGGUCACGCUGAAGGGCUGCCUGUCCCGGGACGGGACAGCCCAAUCGAUGCUGUGGACGACUUUUUCCGCGUGCGCCUCGUCUGCACCUUGCUGGACUCUUGCGGUGCUUGCUUCGACAGGGGUUCGCAGAAGCGAAAGCUCGAUACUUUUCUGGUCGUCUUCCAACUGUACGUCUUCUGCAAGAGGGAUCCGCCGGUUGAUGUGGACUUUAUGGUGUCGGACACCCUUGACGUUGUGCGGCCAAAAGUGCCUCAUCUGAGAAACUUCACCGAGGCAGCAGCAGCUAUGGAUGAGCUGUUGGCUACACAAGUUCAGGAAGAGGACAGCGAGUCCGAAGGCAGUGAGGAUGAACGACCUGUUGUUCAUGACGAGCCCGAGGAUGCCGUCGAACCGGACGUCGAGCUCCAAGAUCAAGACAGCUCAGAUGAACAGGACGACGUCGUUGUCCUACGCAGCCGCAAACAUGCCGAGAUUGAUCAAGAUGCUCGGGACGAUUUUGAUCGAGAGUUUGCCAAAAUAUUGACCGAUACGACCGACAUCAGACGGGAUCGUAAGACCGGCGCGCCCAUAUUUGAUACUGCUGUGCCGUAUGUCCGGAAACGACAAGACGAUUCCGGACCCCUGGGAAGCGAUCGCAUGGCUUUUACCCUCUUGUCGAAGCGCGGCAAUCGACAACAGCUGCGUAAUCUCGAUAUCCCACUGGACUCGUCCAUCGCCGUGAAUGUCAGAUCUCAGCAACAGCAGAACAAGGCCGAGCAGGAACAACUCAAGCGUUUGGUUUUGCAGAAUGAACGAAGACAAGACAACCAAGAGAGAUCAGCGAUGGAGCAGGAUAUGCGAUCCAGAGGUAUCAAGCUACGAUUUGUACCUCCUUGA